AUGGGGAGGCCCGGGAGGAAGCAGCGGGGGAAGAAGGGCGAAAUCGGCAGCGCCGUGCUGCACCAGUGUCUGCUGCGGCAGGCGGCGAACGCGCAGCAGCAGCAGCAGUUUGUGGAGACUGUGAAGCAGCAAAGCCAGGAGUCUCGCGCGCUGCUGGCGAGGGCCCCCGCGGGGGUUGCAAUGGGCAGCAGCAUUUCCCGCCACAGGACUUUGGAGUUUCUCUCGGGGGCCCUUGGUGCAGCAAGUCCCUUGCCCGGCAGCAGCAGCAGCAGCAGGAAGCACCCGGAGCAGCACUUGCGAUCCGUGUUGGAGCGCAGCAGCCUCGACGAGUACCUGGCCACGUCUCUUGCUGCUCAAGACACUUUUGCUGAGGACCGCAGCGCAGCGCGGCUGCUGCAGGAGCCCACAGCGCCGCUGCUGCUGCCGAAGGUCUCCUGCUGCGCUGCAGCAGCGCAGCAGCAGCAGCAGGAGCGGCCGGACUUGCUGCUGGAGGGCGUGGAGGUGCCGAUCCCCCGGCGGCCCAUUUUGUUCUCGAGGGAAAUGGCGGAGCAGUGCAGCAAAGAGGCCAGCAGCAGGCGCGCAGCAGCAGCAGGCAGCAGCGCAGCAGCAGCAGCAGCAGAAAGGAGCCGCAGGCGCAGGAACCGGGCGCGCGUGAAGCUGCUGCUGGCGGGCAAAGUGGAAGAAGCCACAAUCCACAAUGUGCAGUUUGUGCGGCAGCAGCGGGAAGAGCUGCACCGCAAGUUUCAGAAGUUUCAAAAAAGAAAAGAAGUGAAGGACGCGAGGGCCAACGGAGGCCGCGGCCCCCGAGCUGUCCGUACACCCCAGAGUGCCCCCGACGGCCCGCAGCACUUUCCGGACGCCACUUCUUUUUCUUCCUCUUUUUCUUCUUCUUCGAACCCCCACUCCGACGCAGAUGGAGAUUCUCAACCAGAAAAAGAAACAGAUUCUGAAUCCGAAGAAAAGUCUGAAUCGGGAUCUGAAUCUGAAUCGGGAUCUGAAUCUGAAUCGGGAUCUGAAUCUGAAUCGGGAUCUGAAUCUGAAUCGGGAUCUGAAUCUGAAUUGGAAUCUGAAUCUGAAUGGGAAUCUGAAUCCGAAAAAGAAGAACAGGAAGCAGAGGAGGAGGCGUCGUCGAGAGAGCGUCCGGCGUCGGAAGCCGAACUUGUCCGCCGGCUCCCUGCCGGUGUGCAGGCCCCCCCCGCGCCCCCAGCAGCAGCAGCAGCAGCAGCAGCAGCAGCGCUGCCGCGGACGGCCGCGGAGCUGGAGGCGGUGGAGGCGGAGGCGUUUCUGGAGUGGCGGCGGCGGCUGGCGCGGGCGGAGGCGGCGGGGCUGCUGCUGACGCCCUUCGAGAAGAACCUGCAGCUCUGGCGGCAGCUCUGGCGCGCGGUGGAGCGCGCGGACUUGCUGCUGCAGGUCGUCGACGGCCGCGCGCCCGACUUCUUCAGGUCCCGAGACUUGGAAAGUUAUGUCCGCGAGGUCUCCCCGAGCAAGCAGGUCCUUAUUGUCGUCAACAAGGCGGACCUGCUCCCCCUGCCGCUCCGCCAAAUCUGGGCCAACCACUUCGCCCAGAACGGAGUCCGCGCCGUCUUCUUCUCCGCCCUCCGCGAGCUCCAGCAGACCCAAGACCCCCAGCAGCAGCAGCAGCAGCAGCGGCAGCAGCAGCAGCAGGGGGGGGGGGAGGGGGAGUUGCUGAAGAGAGAAGACGGGGAGUGCGUUGGGGGGGCGGCGCGGUGUACAGACACCGCGGCGGCGGAGGCGGACGCGUCGGUGCUGAGCUGCGAAGAGCUGCUGGCACUUCUUUGCAAGUUGCGGACUCGGCACUUGGCGCGAAAAGGCCAAGCCGGAGGCCCCCAGAAGGACUUCGUCGUGGGCACUGUGGGCUUCCCAAAUGUGGGCAAGAGUUCCCUCAUUAAUGCUCUUCUCCACUCCAAAAAGGUUUCCGUUUCCCACCAGCCCGGAAAAACCCGCACACUGCAAACCAUUCCGCUCCCCGGAAGGGGCAUUUUGCUCUGCGACUGCCCCGGUCUGGUGUUUCCAAAGGCGGUGAAGUCGAAGCACUUGCUGGUGCUGCACGGAGUUGUGCCAGUUGACGAGAUGCGACGCCAAUCCCGCACAUUCAUCGUCUGCAUCAUUUCGCGGACCACCGCAGCCCAGCAGUCUUCUUCUGCUGCUGCAAAGAAGCAGCAGCAGCAGCAGCAGCAGCAGCGAAGCGGGAGUAGCAGGGGCAGGCGCAGCAGCAUCAACGGCAGGAGUAGCAGCAGCAGCAGCAACAGCAACAGAAGCGGUAGCAGUGCAGGCAGUAACCGCAGCAGUAGCAGCAGCAGACCCCAGCAGCAGCAGCAGCAGCAGCAGCAGCAGAAGCAGCAGCAGCAGCAACAGCAUUAA